GACGUCAUCUUCCAAUUCGCUUUCUUCUUUUGUCUUCCUUUCUUCGUGAGGAAAUAAUCUUAUUAUUCUCGGUUCGUAGAAGUUCAGCAUCUUCCUCCUCCUCCUCCUCUUCUUCUCCUUCUCCUUCUUCUCCUUCUCCUUCUCCUUCUUCCAUUCUGUCUGUCUGUCUCUCUCUGAUUCGCGAAUACACAAGGAAAGUGAAAUAGAAACAUGCAAAGCACUGUAUACGCAUGGGGAGUGGCGAUUCUUUGCUUCGUGGUGUUGAUGAUUGUCACUCCUGCUAUUCCUCAAUCUGAAAAAUACCACGAUUUCGCUGAUAAACGCGAAUUCUUCGGAAUACCCAAUACUCUGGAUGUGAUUUCGAAUUUUCCUUUCCUUGUUAUUGGUGUGAUUGGACUAGUGCUUUGCCAUUAUGGGAAUUAUUUUAUGCUGAGCCUGCAAGGUGAGCUCUGGGGUUGGACAUGUUUUUUCCUUGGUGUGGCUGCUGUUGCUUUUGGCUCUGGAUACUACCAUCUCAAGCCUGAUGAUGCUCGCCUUGCGUGGGAUCGCCUGCCAAUGACUGUUGCAUUCACAUCAAUUAUUGCAAUUUUUAUCAUUGAAAGGAUUGAUGAGGGAAAGGGCACAAUAUCCAUCUUACCUUUAAUAUUGGCUGGUAUUACAAGCAUUGCAUAUUGGAGGUUUCUUGAUGACCUCCGGCCAUAUGCACUCGUCCAGUUUGUACCUUGCAUUGCCAUUCCGCUGAUGGUUAUCUUGUUGCCUCCAAUGUAUACACAUUCUGCAUAUUGGCUUUGGGCAGCAGGAUUUUAUCUUUUAGCUAAGGUGGAGGAAGCAGCAGAUAAACCAAUUUACAGAUGGACUCAUCAUUUUGUCAGUGGGCACACCCUCAAGCAUUUAUGUGCUGCAAUGGUUCCUGUCUUCUUGACACUUAUGCUUGCAAAGAGAAGUAUUGAAACAGAGAGGUUUUUUUUCUGGCUCUUUUUCCUCCUUCAUGCAGUUGUUUUAGAAUUAUGAUCAGAGAUGGUUUUGGUAUAGAUGUAGAAAACCCUUUUCUUGGCAUGAGGAAAGAAUUUCCUAUAGCACAUUCUUGUAGUUUGUAGAUUAGAAAUCCCAAGAGAAACAAAUAUUUGCAUGCAGUUAUACUGGAUAAACUUUCUUAAGAGAAGGGAUGCUGUUGGGUUCCGUUGGAACAACAAUAGCUUCACUUGAAUUUGGGCAGGAAACAUUGAUCAUAUAUAUAUAUGAGACCACUAGUCAUGUGGUUCCUCUUUCCAAUGGAUUGAACCAAAUUUUACUUCCCAAACCUGGUGGGCUUGUGAUGUUGUACGGACUUGCAACACAAGAAGAGAAAACACCGGAUGGAUUGUCUUUGGCAACCUGUCCAAUAUUUAAGUCUGAUCUGAGAACAAAGUAAAUGGAAUUAAGAGAGAAAACAUACUUGAAUAGUCCCUUUGGACUCUCGUUUGUAGAAGAUAGAGUUCCUACUAGAUAGGGAAUCUAAAUAGAAUAGGACUUGGGAGUCCAAGAUAAGUUGGGACACUUAUCUGGUCAGACAUUGCAUCAAAUUAGGACUCUCGCUCAGUUAGGCUAGUAUCCAGUGCUCAAUACUCGGCACCCGAAUCAUCCGCCUGUUUGGACCCCAUGGUGGUUCGGGUCUUUGUUCAGAUAACCAGUUUGGACCUCUGAUUCGGGUAUUUGGGUGUGUACUGUAUCAGUGACAAAUUGUAAUUUAUUGGUUUUCAGCCCUUAGCAUGCAAAAAAAAGAGAAGACUCAAAUGGUUAAAAGGAAGAUUUGUAGUGAGAAUUUCUUCUCUAGCUUAUAUUGUUCUGCACUGAAUUGAUUAUUUUUCUUUUUUUUUUUUCAUCUUUUCCCGAAUAUUAUCUGAUUGAUUGGUCUUUUGUAUCAUAUGUGAUACUGAACAAGUGCUAUGCGUUUAACUGAUUGCUAGGAAAUGAUUAUACAGAUACUAGAAACAAAGGUUUUCCUUUUUUUUUUUUUGGGUUGGGGGGUGGGGAUGAUUCCUUUCCACCUUCCAGCAAAAUAUACUUGCAGUCUCUUGUUUGUUGUUUUUACGAGAGCAUUUUAAUUCUUAAAACUUCUAUUAGUUGCUAAUAAGAAAAAUAUGAUAUCUAUGCAUGAUUAUUUGUGUUUCUGUUUGAUGCAUCAGAAAUGGAUUUUC